AUGGCUUUAAACGUCCUUGGAACAAGGGUAGAAAGAGUGCAUAUCUCAGCUGAUAGGACAAAGGAAAUACCCCUCACAAGGCGCAUGACUAUUAGCGCCUUGGAUAUUGAAUUGGGUGCUUGUGCUUCAUAUGUCCAUAAACGAAUCAAAGAUGGCGAUAUCAAGCCUCAUUCAAAUGCAAUAAAACCAUUGUUGAAAAAUGAUAACAAAAUUUCAAUGAUUAAUUUUUGCAUUUCAAUGAUAGAUGAAAUUGCUCAACCCUCUUUCAAUGGAAUGCAUUAUAUUUUUCAUAUAGAUGAAAAAUGGUUCUACUUGACCAAAGCAGCUCAGAGAUACUACCUAACAGCUGGUGAAGAAGCACCAUUGAGAAAAUGUAAAAGCAAGAAGUUUAUACCGAAAAUAAUGUUCUUUGCUGGUGCCGCACAACCCUGGUUUAACACAAAUUCACAUGUGUUGUUUGAUGGCAAGAUUGAUGUAUGGCCCUUCAAUAAUAAAAAAUGUGCGAAAUGGAAUAAUAAGAAUCGUGAAGUUGGGACUCUUGAGACAAAGCCUAUGCUGUUAAUUACGAAAGCAGUAAUACGUGAGGUUCCUAUAACUAAACUUUUGCCCACAAUCAAAGAAAAGUGGCCACAAUUAGAUGGUUCAUCAACUAUCUUCACACAGCAAGACAAUGCCAAGCCACAUAUUUACGUUCACUAUAUCAAAUUUGUAGAAGCUGCUAGGGACCUUGGUAUGGAUAUACGUUUGUCGUGCCAACCACCAAAUAGUCCUAAUUUAAAUGUGCUUAACCUAGGUUUUUUAGAGCCAUUAAUUCGAUAA